GCCCCUAUAGCCGGCAAAGCUUCAUUAAGUCAAAUCAUCAUAGUUAGCUGCCUCAAUUGCAGCCUGAACCUAGCUGCACAUAUGCCAGCUGAAAAGCCUUACCUGCUCAUCAGCUGGCCCCAACCUUCUUCCUACAACCCACCUGAAAGGCUAAGACAAUACCACGCUUCAAUCAUCCAUCACGCAGUAAGUCAUCCGACCCGACUUCUGACCGCAACCGCUAACAGCAUCACAGCUGCACCGUCACGAUGCCUGUCCGAAGAAGCCUGCAGCCACCCGAUGAGGCCUUUCGUACCAAAAUGCCUGACCUGAUCCCUUAUUUUACGGCAGCUCUUGAAGACCAUGAACGCAAGGAUGAGCUCUAUGCCAUGGCA